GCGGUUUUGCGCCCGUGCUUCACGGGUUUGUCCGGGGACGGCGGUUCUCGUUCCGAGAUCGCAUUCUGGUUCCGUUCCUUGAUCCCUCUCAUCAACUGAAUUUUUACUUCAUCCCUUUUCUUUUUCUCUUUGAAUGAAAUUGUGCUUGGCCAGUCGAGGUUCCUGGCGUAUAUAUGAGGCUUUCGUCUCCUUUCUGUGGCGUGUUCAAAAGUUUCCUUUCCUUUCACGGGUCAAAACCCAAAAUGUGCUGGAAAGAUUAAUGCGUCGUGCAAGGUUGUGAAUCGGGCUAUGUGUUGGGAAGGUCUGAAGGUUUUCAAAUCUAUUCGGAAUUGUCUUUAGCAAGGACGUGAAGUAAAAGUACCAUUUCAAAGUGUUGUGAUUCCAAUCAGUUCGUUUCUGUAGUGGAUUUAGACCAAAAGUUUGAAACUCCAAGGAAUCAAGGAAUUGGUUCUUUUAGUUCUUGACAGAAAAAAUUCCACCAGACAUGGUGGCGUCUUUAGACAAUGUGAGAGGCUUGACUUUGGCCAUGUCAUCUAGUGCAUUCAUUGGUUCAAGCUUUGUGAUCAAGAAAGUUGGGCUGAAGAAGGCUGGCGAUAAUGGGGUGCGAGCAGCUUCUGGAGGCUUCUCAUAUCUGUAUGAGCCGUUAUGGUGGCUGGGAAUGAUAACUAUGAUUCUGGGUGAGGUAGCCAACUUUGCAGCAUAUGCAUUUGCCCCUGCUGUACUUGUUACUCCUCUAGGAGCUCUAAGCAUCAUAUUUAGUGCAGUGCUCGCACACUUUAUUCUGAAAGAGAAUUUGCACAUGUUUGGUGUUGUUGGUUGCAUACUAUGUGUUGUUGGUUCGAUUGGUAUAGUUUUGCAUGCCCCAAAGGAGAGAAAGAUUGACUCAAUGAAGGAAAUAUGGCAUCUUGCAACGCAGCCAGGUUUUAUUGUUUAUUCAUGUGUGGCGGUAGCCUGUGUUCUUUUUUUGAUAUUCCGGGUGGUUGAACGCUCAGGACACAGGUUGAUGCUGGUUUAUAUAGCAAUCUGUUCAUUAAUGGGAUCUCUUACGGUUAUCAGUGUAAAAGCAGUUGCCAUUGCUUUAAAGCUAUCAUUUAGUGGAUCAAAUCAAUUCAUCUACGUUCAGACAUGGUUCUUCAUAGUAGUUGUCACUAUUUGCUGUUUGGUGCAGUUGAACUACCUAAACAAGGCUUUGGACUCGUUCAACACGGCUGUGGUUUCUCCUGUAUACUAUGUGAUGUUCACCAUUCUUACCAUUUUUGCUAACAUGAUUAUGUAUAAGGACUGGGCCUCACAAACCGCAACACAGAUUGCGACGCAGCUAUGUGGGUUUGUGACCAUUGUUGCUGGGACCUUUCUACUCCACAAGACUAGGGAUAUGGGGAAUCCACCACCGCCUGACCAAGUUUGCCUGGAAGAAGCUAGAGAAUGUGCUCCACGAUCAAUGAACAGCUCUAGCUGAAAACAUAACAUGUACUAAACAUGAAAUUUGUCUCAACCUCUUUAGACUCUGGUGGAGUUUUUGGCUGUAGAUAUAUUAGGAAAGAGUGAAGAUUGGGUGCCAUUGAUUGAACUAUUAAGACUUUUGUAGUAGUAGGAUAUACGAAUGAAGUUUUACGUUUUCUGCACCAGUGAAGUGUAUGAAAACAGCAAAAUCUUACAUAGGAUUUAAAACUCAUUGCAGAUCGAUAGUUAACCUUUGCUUAA